AACUACAAUUGGAUUCACCACACUUAAAAUUUUAAUCUGCAUUUGAAUUAUUCCUCUAGUCAACGUCUUUACGCUUUUACUAAGUUUAUAUUUACAAAAUCCUUAUUGUAGGUAUUUAAAUAAUGAAGCGUUCUUUAAAUAUAUCGUUUUCUAUCAAUAAACAAUGGAUGAAAACUCGUAAAAAGAGUUCAGUUGUAUCUAGUGAUGUCAAAAACAAUCCUAUACUAGAUGUAACAGCUGAAACACAGUUUCAAAUGCUAGAAAAAGUUGUGACACCAUUAAGCUCCAUGCCAUAUCAAAACCAACUGCAACUAAAACAACGAUGGUCUCACAAAAUAUCUAAAGAAUUUCGAACCAGACUACACAAUGCUAAAACACCGAUAGUUUUACCUACAGUUUAUUCCAUUUCACCUUCGCCACAGAUAAAUGAAUACCGAAAUAAGGAUGAAUAUAAUUUUCGCCCUGGUGUUGAUGGAAAUCCUAAAACUCUUGGAUUCUUUGUGGGUAGCCCAUCUAUGGGAAAUAUUUGUUGUGUUCCACCUAAUAAUUUAAUGAAUAUGAAACAAUCUCACAGACAUAUUGCUCAAAUUUUUCAAGAAUUUGUCAGAGGAUCUAAUUUGCCAGCAAGUUAUGAUCAUUUAGAUGGUGGUUUUUGGCGAGGAAUUGUUGUACGAAGUAAUUUAAAAGGAGACAUUAUGUGCAUAGUUUUUGCUAAUCCUAGAGGAUAUGCUAAUGAAGAUAUGUUAACUGAACAACAAGAACUUGCUACAUAUUUAAGUGAUAACAACUGUCACAUUAAUUCAUUAUACUAUCAUCCAAGCUUACAUACAAGAAGUUCUAAAGAUUCUACGUUCAUUCAUGUAUAUGGUGAAAAAUAUAUUUACGAAAACCUAUGUGGUUAUAAAUUCAGAUUAUCGCCGGAUUCUUUUUUUCAAAUAAACACAUUAGGUGCUGAAGUCUUAUAUGAGGAGCUAUUUAAAUUGUUGAAACCAACUAAAAACUGCACACUGCUUGAUUUAUGUUCUGGAACAGGUACUAUAAGCAUUAUUGGAAACAAAUAUGUGCAGUCGUGCAUAGGUAUAGAAUCUGUAACUCAAGCUGUUGGUGAUGCAAAGGAAAAUGCUAAAAUUAACAGUAUUACCAAUUGUGAUUUCAUCGAUGGCAAAGUUGAAUUAGUGAUGAAUUAUAUUUUUAAAGAGUUACAUAUGACUAGUGAUCUAUGUACAGUUUUGAAUCCUGGUCGAGCUGGAGUUCAUCCAAGAGUAAUCAAAGCUAUAAGAAAAAAUUGUUUAAUUAAUAAUCUUGUGUAUGUAUCUUGUAAAGCUGAUAGUCCAGUUACCAUGAAAAAUCUUGUUGAAUUAGCUGUACGAGAUAAAACAACUACUCCGUUUGUUUUAGAAUCGAUCAAACCUGUUGAUAUGUUUCCUCAUACACAUCACUGUGAAUUGAUGUUUUUAUUUAGACGAUAACAAUAAUUCAUUAAUCUUGAGCUGUCCUGUAUUUUGUUAAAGUAGUUAUUGCGUUUGUUUAUUAAUAGAUAUAAAUAAACAAAAGUUUGAUGAUUUUA